AUGGAUUUUCCAAGAUUCAAUGUAGUAGUAUUGUUUGCAUGGUUGCCUUUAAACAGUGCAGCAACAAAUUCAAUCUAUUAUCCAAUUGAUAAUGGGGCAAAAUGCGAACCUUAUAUAGGAGAUCGAACAGAUUUCAAUUUCAAUCUAUGUCAAGGAUUAUUGACUACUCCAGAUUCUAUUUAUGUUGGAUCUUCUACAAAUCAAGUAGAAAUGCGAUCAAAGGUUGAAGGAUAUUUUGGUUUAAUUAUGCUUCUUGGAUCAAAGGAAUGUAAAGAUAAUCCAAAUACUUUUAAAAAUCUAUGUUCAUUUGUAUUUAGGGAAUGUGUAAAAAUUGAACUAAAUUCAAAGACAAAUAGUACAUCGACCAAUACAGUUAUUGUACCAAGACGAACUUGUCAAGAGAAUUGUAAAGAGUCAACAAAACUAUGUGCAAUUGAUAAAUCAAUGUUUGAUUGUGAGAUGGCUGAUCCCAUCUACACCAACUUAUCGACCCCUCUUCCAUUUUUACCACCAUCGGGCAGUCCCAGUCUAUUCAACCUCACCGACAUUGGAGGUCAAUCCAACUUUUCAGUGCAAUGUCUUGACACUUCAGCCUCAAACUUGGCCAAGGCAACCAACCAGUGUCCGUACCCACUCGUCUAUGCCGAUUAUCCAGGCCAUCCAGCUGGAUAUUACAAGGGGUAUUUCUUUAUUAGUAAUAAUAGUGAUUGCGUCCUUCGUUGUCCCAUCCCAGUAUUCGCCGAACGAGACUGGCACAAACUUUUUGUAUUUUACGACGUUGUAUCAUAUUUCUCCUUUUUCGGAUCGGUCUUUAUAUUCAUCACCUAUGUCGGCUUGAGUAAAUUCAAAACCAACAAUGAAAGGAAUCUGGCACUAUUCCUCACUCAUAUUACCAUCAUGUCUAUUUCGGGUAUCCUCAACACUUGGGUCGGUCGCGGUUCAGUUGGAGAUUUCAUUUGUCAAUCUGAACGACAAACGAUAACGGGUGACAGUAGAUUCUGCGUAUUUAACGCUUUCCUUUUUCAAUUUGGUGCAUUUUCUGCCUCGUUGUGGUUUGUUAUCAUGUGUUUCGAGAUUUGGUAUACCAUUACCCAUUUCACCAGAAAACUAGAACUAUUCAAAUAUUAUUUUGUUGCCACUUUAUUCUUGGCAUCAUUAUUUAGUUUUAUUCCACUUGGUUUACAAACUUAUGGUUAUAAUCAAGGUAAUUUUAUGUGUAUGAUAAGUGGAAGUAAUUAUGCAGCUCCAUUAUUUUGGAUACCUUUAGGUAUUCUUUUAUCAAUUGCAACUAUUUUCCUAUUUAUGAUUAUGUAUCAAAUCUAUGUCAUUGUUAAAGCAACCGGUCGAAGUGGUAUAUUUAAAUUGGAAAUUAAACCAAUGGUUUUAGUAUUUUCUUUUUAUUGUUCAUUUGUUUAUUCUGUCUUUUGGAAUUAUUAUUCAGAACAUGUAAUUACAAAGAAAAUUGCUGAAGAAGGUAUACCGAGAUUUGUCGAAUGUCUAUUAAUGGGAAAUACAGAUUGUAUAUUGGGUGGACCUACUUUUGGAAUGAUGGUUGCAUAUAUAUUCUUUCUUCGUGUCUAUGGGUUGUACGGACUGCUCAUCUAUGGAUUUAAUCAAAAAUGUUUAACGAUUUGGCGGAAAUCUAUAUUUAUAAGGAAUCCAAUCUUUGGUUAUUUCAACUCCAAGAUUCUUGCCAAAUCCACGAAAGAGGCACCUUCAAGGGAGGGAUCCGCUGCAAACCCAUCAGGAUUGGUGGCAUCAGAUUCUAAAGCAUCUAAAAAGGACACCGAGUCACCCUCAGCAAAGACCGAUCUCGAAUCAACAAUUAAAUCAAUAUCUUAUGGUUCAGACUCUGACUCUGAAGAGCAAGAUGAAAAUUCAGUCAAAUUACAACAAAGGGUUGUUUCAAUCCCCCCAUUUUAA